CUGAAAGAUAAUGAUGUGAGUUGGCUAUAUAGGCCCGUUCAGCAAGGUGCUAGCAAGAUCUACUGUACGCAGACUGGGCCUUUCGGUGCCUCAUUGCUCCAGCCCAACUCACUAGUCAACACUAACAGGAAGUCUAUCUUGAAGAAAAGGAGCAUAUCAAAUAUCAUACUGCCGAAGCCAUUGUCAACAUCGUCCUUACCCCAGCAGGCAACCCCAGUGGCCCAGGUGAGGCAGAAAGACAGCCGGCGAUUAAGAGAGCUUUUCUUUGAUCGCGCAGUGACGAUGGAUCACAAAAUAUUCCCCUUCCCUUCGAUGCCAAUGAGCCGUGAUGCCUCUAGUAUGCUGCCAUCAUCAGCAUACAGUGGGAUCUCAUCGCCAGGAGUUGAGCGUAAAAACAUCUACUUCAAUUAUGAAGUCGAGCAAUGUAUCGCCGUUGAAGUUAAAGACGACGACGAUGACGACGAUGGCGACGACUGCGAUAUCAAUACCAAUACCAAUUCCGAAGAUGGAAUCAUAAUGAAGCUAGACAGGUCGCGAAAGCCGGCAAAGGAGGGCAAUUCAGUACUCUCUGAUAGAAAGACGAUCGCGAUGCUUCCAUCAAUAACACUAAAACAUCGAGAACAUGUACAAGUCCCAGAAACGGUUAUGCGCUACACCUCUAGCGCCUUAUAUAGUCAUCGUGUUUUGCCAUUCUUACCACAAGAGCCAUCUCGUCCACCUAAAGCGUCAGGUAGAUUCUCCGAGGAUUUAACUAAUGCUGAUACAAACUCAGGCUGGUAUACAUCUGGGAGUUUCAAAGAACAUGAUCUGCAUCAUAUUAAUUCUACAGACAGCUUGACCGCCGAGCCAGCUGGCAUGCGUCGCACUCCGUCUGGCAUGUUUACCGGUAUGUCCUAUGGGGAGGCGGUUGUAUGUUCAAACAAAGGGAUGUUUUGUCGCGUUAUUAACACCGUUAAAACAGCCAGGGACAUGGCCUAUAUUAUUUGGAAUAGUGGCUAG